AUGGAGCAGCCCGAGGCAAGGCAAGAAGAAGUAGUGGCAAUGCAGGAGGACACAAAGCCAACCGAGAGCACGGCCGCAUCGGAGCAAGCGGCGCCGGUCGAGUUGGAGAUGGCUACAGUAGUGGCAGAGGAGGACGCCGAAGCAGCUGCUGCUCUCGACGCGUCUGGCGAGGACGGGCUCGACGUGGUGUGCGCCGGCGUGCCGACCUUUGUCGAGCAGAAGCGAUGGGAGAAGUUCCUACGGCAGAAGGGCGUCGACUUCAUCAGCACACGCAAGAUCACCGCCCAGCGCUUUGCCAAGAUCAGCUUUGCCACCAAGGCGGCGAUGGAUGAUGCGAUCGCCAAGUUGGAUGGCGCCACCGUGCGUGGCAGCACCAUCCGGGCCAAGGUAGCGAAGCGUGCCGGAGGCGAGAUCGAGCUUGAAGACAAGCCCGUCGAGAAGCGACAGAAGACAGCGGGAAAGGCGGAGGAGCCGCCCAAGGACAUCAACGACAUCGUCACGCCCAUGUGGCGGCUGGACUACUCCGAUCAGGUGAGGAAGAAGCGCAACGUGGUCCUUAAGAAGCUCAAGGCGGUGCAGAAGGAGAUUCGCAAGAAGUCAGCUUACGAUCUGCCGCGCUGGAUCGCGCAGGCCAAGACCACGUCUCAGUGCUGCUCCUUCAAGCUCUUCAUCCAGGCCGAGGAGUCUCAGCGCGAUGGCUACCGCAACAAGAACACCUUCACCAUCGGGCGCGACGUUGCAGGCCGACCUUGCAUCGGCUUUGCGCUGGGCCGCACGGAGGACCACCAGACGUCGGUGGCCGACCCCUCGGAAUGCCGCAACCUGCCCAAGGAGGCCAAAGCCGCCCGCAACCUUCUGCAGCAGUUCAUCGAGUCCUCUCCGCACCCGCCCUACGAGAAACUCGGACACACCGGCUUCUGGCGAGAGGCUGUUGUGCGUACCACCCGGGCCGGCGAAGUCAUGCUGGCGAUUCAGGUGAACGGCGAUGCCGUGUCCGCGGACGAAUUGCAGGCGGUGAAGACGAGCCUCAUCGAGCACGCCAAGGCGUCCACCAACCCGCCCAUCUCCUCCCUCUACCUGCAGUCAUACAGCGGCGUCUCCAACCGAGCUCCCGAUGACCAAGAGACGGAGCUUUUGUGGGGGCAGCCCUACAUCUACGAGACGUUGUUCGACCUCAAGUACACCUCCCUCUACUUUCUCUUUCUUUCCUACGUGGCGAUUGCCGACUUACGCCCCCACCCACCCACCCACCACGUGCUGCUCAGGUUCCGAAUUUCGCCGUCGUCUUUCUUCCAAGUGAACACCAGCGGCGCCGAAGCUCUGUACAAGGUGGUGGGUGAUUGGGUGGCGGCGACCAAGGAUUCAGUCCUGUUUGACAUCUGCUGCGGCACGGGCACCAUCGGCUUGUCGCUCGCGUCGCGCGCCAAGGAGUUUCCUGUAAGUAACCCUGAAAACGAUCAGGUGGUGGGUGUGGAUAUUGUGCCCUCGGCGAUCGAGGACGCCGAGGCCAACGCUAAGCUCAACGGCAUCACGAAUGCGCACUUCUUUGCGGGGAAGGCGGAAGACGUGUUGCCCGAUCUCCUCGAGCGGUACCGGGAGUUCCCUUCAGUCGCUGUACUCGACCCGCCUCGCGCCGGCGCACAUGCCGACGUGUUGAAGGCCGUGAGGAAGUGCGAGAGACUGCAACGCCUCGUCUACGUCUCGUGCAACCAGAAGGUCUUGCCCGUCGACCUCGCACAUCUGUGUCGUUCCGAGUCGAAGACGAUGAUGGGCACGCCCUUCCGCCCGGUGCAGGCCAUCGCCGUGGACAUGUUUCCGCACACCGAACACUGCGAGCUCGUCGUCCUUCUCGAGCGCAUCAACUCGCCCACCUUCGACGCCGCCAUCACCACUCCCGCUCCCAUCGUAGCCACAUCCGACCCUGUUGUCGAUGCAUCCGCCUCUUCAUCUUCCUCGUCUUCAUCUUCUUCCUCUUCGUCCUCCACCUCAGCCUGA